ACCUAAUCCGCACCCCCAAGCAAGUGUCAUUUUCCAGAUUACCCAUCCAUGAGAAGGGCGCGAAAUGCGCAUUUUCUAUCUCGUUUCAGCUCCAGUUAGAAAAAAUGGCAUUGGUUAUUUAUCCUGUCUCUUCUUCUCCAUCUAUUCUCCAUCGAAACCCUAACAAUCUCCUUCUCAGAAACCCAAAUCUCCUUCGAUUCCGCUGCAGAAAAGAUCGCAGAAGAGAUCAAGCUCCGUUCAUGGCAGCCUCCUCUGAUCGUCCCCCGAAAUCGACGAAGCUGGUGACUUUUUUAGGUAAAGGAGGUUCUGGAAAGACUACUUCUGCUCUCCUAGCCGCUCAGUAUUAUGCAAAGCUGGGAUUGCAUACAUGCUUGGUCAUACAUUCUCAAGACCCAACUGCUGAAUACCUGAUGGGCUGCAAGAUUGGAACUUCUCCUACGGUAUUCAGUGACAAUCUUUCGGCUGUUAGGUUAGAAACCACCAAGAUGCUUCUUGAACCUCUCAAUCGGAUGAAGAAAGCCGAUGCUCGUCUUAAUUUGACCCAAGGAGUUCUUCAAGGGGUGGUGGGAGAAGAGCUUGGGGUGCUACCGGGGAUGGAUUCAGUUCUUUCAGUUAUAGAGAUUGAGAAACUUGUAGGAUUUCGUGGAGGGGCUGCAAGUGGAAGAAAUAACUCACAAGAAAAGUUUGAUAUAAUUGUAUAUGACGGAAUUAGCUCUGAGGAGACAUUACGGAUGAUUGGUGCGGCUGAGAGAGCAAGAUGGUAUCUGAAAUAUUUCCGGAGCAUAGCUGAAAAGACCGAUCUUGGGAGGUUGACUUCUCCUUCUCUCAUGAAACUUGCAGAUGAGACUCUAGGGUUCAAUGGUGGGUUUGGCACGGAUGUGGGAACAACUGCACAAAUAUGGGAUGAUGUAGAAGGAAUUCUAGAGAAAACAUCAGCUGCAUUCACUGAACCAUUGAAGUUCAGCUGCUACCUUGUUAUGGAUCCAAGCAAUGCAAGAUCUAUCACUUGUGCAUUACGUUAUUGGGGAUGCGCAAUCCAAGCAGGAGCACAAAUUUCUGGAGCCUUUGGUUUUGCUCCGGAAUCAUGCAUACAGUCAGUGGAAGCUGCUCAGAAGAAGAUUGCACCCCUACCUUUUGCGCUUCUGCCACAUUUUUCAAUGGAUUCAUCUGUAGAUUGGAAUGCAACCCUCAAAGUUCUUGGUAAAAGUGCACAGAGCCUCCUUUCUACGGCAGGCAACUGUUGCCAGUCAUCAGUCAAAUUCAACCACGCCCAGAAGUCAGUGACCCUUUUCAUGCCAGGCUUUGAUAAGUCAGAAAUCAAGCUAUUCCAAUAUAGGGGCGGGUCCGAGCUGUUGGUGGAAGCAGGGGACCAAAGACGUGUCAUCUGUCUGCCUCCCGGGAUUCAAGGAAAGGUGGGUGGUGCCAAGUACAGUGAUAGAAGCCUUGUAAUCACACUGCGGUAGAAGAUUUUGUAGAUUACUCAGCUUCAAGAUUUUUUACCAAGCAAACAUACCAGGUCUGGCUUAGAGAGAGCUCAUGUACCAUGUGCGGCAGUGGUGGCCUGACCAUAGUAUAUAUUAUUGCAGUGUCUUCAACAUAACUUCUUCCUGAAGAGAAGUCAUUGAGCUCUUUCUAGAAGCUGCAAAUCUAUUGUAAUGUAAUGCCAGGUGAAUUAUUUAGGUCCUUGAAUGGAGGUAGGUGUUCUCCAAUGUUCAUCAAUAUCAUCCAUCACGCCCCUCGCCCUUCAAUUUAUA